CCGCCUUCCGCCGGCUCUCCUUCUGCUUUCCUGCCGGCUUCUCCGUGUCCCGCCGCCUUCGCGGGGCGCCGAGGCCAGGGCCGGGAUGCUGCCCAGACGGCGGCGAGCGCGGGUCGGGCCGCCUGAGGCCGCCCCCUCCUCCGCCGCGCGCUUCCCCGGGGUCGCUAUUUACUUGGCCGAGCCACGCAUGGGCCGCAGCCGCCGGGCCUUCCUCACACGCCUGGCGCUCUCCAAGGGCUUCCGAGUCCUGGACGCCUACAGGUGCGCGGUCCCGGCGAGGCUCGCGGCCCGGCGGGGCCACCUGCCCGGGGCCCAUCUGCGCCGGGGGCGCGGGGCGGGUGCGGCGCGCACGGUCUCGCCUCACUGGGGGCCGUGGCCCGCCCGUGUCGAUUCGGCAUCACCGUGCCUUCGCGCCCGGUGGGCCGGGGGGCACUGCAGCGUGGCGUGAUGACCUGAGCCCAAAAUGCCCGUGCUCGGUACUUUGCAGCUGACCAGCCACUUUCACAUGUGGUGUUUGUUUCUUUACAGCUGGGGAUUUGAAGUCUGAAUCGACUUGCGGCGCAGCGGACCCGGGGGCAGAGGGGCACCUGAGGUUUUUGGAUUCCAAGUUAGCCCUGGCACUUCUUGGUCGUAUGGCGUUUCUGUCAGUUUCCUCUUUGUGCUAGCAAUUAGGGCCAGGAGUGUUCUGUAGGACACGGAGAGAACGUAUGCCAGACACAUCGUCCAGGGCUAUGCGGUGUAGUGGUGGUGCUCUGUCCGGCUCUGGAUGAAUUCGUCUUGCUCUGUUAGCUAAACUGACUUCUCGCCUCAGACUUGAGAAAGUGACUUGAGCCAGGCUCCAAGAGUAGGACAAAAAAAAAAAAAAAAAAAAAGCAGUUACUGGAGUUCCCAUUGUGGCUCAGUGGGUUAAGGACCUAACACUAUCUCCUUGGGGAAGUGGCUUUGAUCCCUGGCCCUGCUCUGUGGAUUAAGGAUCUGCAAGGUGCCACAUAUGUCACAGAUGCAGCUUGGAUCUGGUGUGGCUGUGGUGGAGGCCUCAGUUGCAGCUCCAUUUUUCAGCCUCUAGUUUGGGAACUUCCAUAUGCCACAGGUGUGGCUGUAAAAAGGAAAAAAAAAAAAAGCUGCUAUAGAAACAAUGCUGAGAGUAAGGGAAAGGGGUUCUCAUGGUUUUGAGGUUUAAAGAGCAAAUGGAUCAGGAGCCAGUCCCUGAAGUUUUUUUUUUAAUUUUUUUUUUUUUUUUUUUUAAUUUCCCCAUUCCCAGAGGUGUGGAAGAACCACUCAGGAGAAAAUAAUAAUAGCAGCUUGAGUGUACUGGGUACUAGUUAAGCCCUUUUGCUUAUUAACUCAUUUAAUCUUUACAGCAAAGCCUACAAAGUAGAUACAUUGUUACCCCUGCUCUGCAGAGGAGGAAAUCAGAGUGCAGAGAGAAAUUAUGUGCCCAAGAGCAGGCAGCAACUAUGUGGCAGAGCUGAGGUUCACAGCAUUACUUGAACCUCACAGAGCCGAGCAGUUUUGUCCCCUGCACUUAGAUGAAGACCCUGUGGUUCCCUGGCCUCUCCUUUCUCUGCGGGGUGGAGAGGGAGACAGACAAGUUAGCACAAGAAAGGGUUGGGCUUGUGAUUGUAGCUAGAGCGGAGCACCGCAGCUCAGCAGAUGCAGGAGUGGUGGAGAAGUCUGCCCGAGGAGCGGCUGGGAAGUCUUUCUGAAGCGGUGACCUCUGUAGAGUAACAGCCCCGAGGUGACACAUGUGGUGAUGGAGGGGACCUCAGCAGAGGAGGCCAUCUCCUGGCAGGAGCACAGGACGCCGUCCCUUCCCCCGGGUUGCAGCCACCCGGCGCUAUUAGACGUAAGCUGGUUCACGGAGAGCAUGGCGGCUGGCCAGCCUGUCCCCGUGGAGCGCCGGCACCGCCUGGAGGUGGCUGUGCCCAGGGAGGAGCUGCCAAGUCCAGCGUGGAUGCUGCCCUAUGCCUGCCAGCGUCCCACACCCCUCACGCACCACAAUGCCAGCCUCUCAGAAGCUCUGGAGACACUGGCGGAGGCAGCAGACUUCGACGGCAGUAAGGGCCGCCACAUCUCCUUCUGCAGAGCAGCCUCGGUGCUCAAGGCCCUUCCCAGCCCCGUCACGGCCCUGAGCCAGCUGCAGGGGCUGCCCCACUUCGGAGAGCACUCCCGCAGGGUCAUCCAGGAGCUGCUGGAACACGGAGUGUGUGAGGAGGUGGAGAGAGUCCGGCUCUCCGAGAGGUACCAGACCAUGAAGCUCUUCACCCAGAUCUUCGGGGUCGGGGUAAGGACUGCCGAUCAGUGGUACCAGGAGGGGCUGCGGACGCUGGACGACCUCCGAGAGCAGCCCCAGAGACUGACCAAGCAGCAGAAAGCAGGCCUGCAGCACUACCAGGACCUGAGCGCCCUGAUCCUGCGGUCAGAAGUGGAGGCCCUGCAGCAGGUGGUGGAGGCAGCUGUGGGGCAGGUCCUGCCGGGGGCCACUGUCACGCUGGCCGGCGGCUUCCGGAGGGGGAAGUUGCAGGGCCACGACGUGGACUUCCUCAUCACCCACCCCCAGGAGGGCCUGGAGGAAGGGCUGCUGCCCAGCGUGAUAUGCUGUCUGAAGAAGCAGGGCCUCGUCCUGUACCACCAGCACCAGCGCAGCCAACAGGGAGACCCCACCCACCUGGCCCAGAAGAACCGCACCAUGGAUGCCUUUGAGAUGAGUUUCUGCAUUUUCCGCCUGCCAUGCCCCCCAGAGGCUGCUGCAGGGGGGCCCCGGGAGCCCUGCCCCUCCUGGAAGGCUGUGCGAGUGGACCUGGUGGUCACCCCCAUCAGCCAGUUCCCCUUUGCCCUGCUCGGCUGGACUGGCUCCAAGCAUUUCGAGCGGGAGCUGCGCCGCUUCAGCCGGAAGGAAAAGGGGCUCUGGCUGAGCAGCCAUGGUCUGUUUGACUCGGAGCAGAAAAUGCUUUUCCACGUGGCUUCAGAGGAGGACAUCUUCGGACUCCUGGGCCUGGAGUACCUUCCCCCAGAGCAGAGAAAUGCCUGAUCCUAUCAGUUGGCCCCCACUUCCACUCUUUGGAAAUGGGGGGGGGGCAUUUGAGCCAGAUCCCAUGGGUGUCUUUGGCCCCCGAAUGUUUCCGGGCAGGAGAUGCACUGCUGCCUCAAGUUCUCCCACGUGGGAGCCUUGUCUG